AUGCACACAAGUUGGCUCGAGCGCAAAGGCUGCGUGCAUCAAGGUCGGAGAGACAACAGCGCCGUGCCGAGGCUGCCCAGGCAGCGCAACUGCGCAUACAUAGAUGAGGACCUGGAUCACAACAGCAGCUUUGGGGGUGCCGUCACACCAGUUGAGAUGGAGGUGGCACAUCUCCUGGCCACGUUUGGCCAUGUUAACACCAAGGCCCACUGCGGAAGUCUUGCCAGAGAAGACGAGGAUUUACAUUCCAGUAGCAGAGCUCUUGGAUACACAGAAGCCGACAUGGAAGCAGCGUGUGUGCUGGCCACCUUCAACCACGCAGCUAAAGCUCAACAGACAGCAUUGUCCACAAACAGUUAUGUUGACAAAGCUGUGGAAGUUUACACUGGGGAUUUUGGACGGAGAUUCACUGAUAUCCUGUCAGCAGAAAACAUAAAUACAUUGACAGGCCUCACUUCGAUGGAGCUGCUGGAGACACUGACCGCAUGUGCUGACUUCUACAACAUUUCUGGCUGCACAGUGACUAAGUGCACGGACGUGCUAGUUACUCUGAUACCCAUUUUGGGCAAAGUUUUGUCCUCGGUGCUAGUGCUCCCAUCAAAGAGCGAAACACUCAUGAAGGUGCCCACCUCUUUUGACAAAUAUCAGAACGUCCGUCUCGUGCUUGACUGCACUGAGGUUCCCGUCGCACAGCCAAGGUGUCUCAAAUGUGAAUUGCGGAUGUAUUCUUUUUACAAGAAAGGGUUCACUUGUAAAUAUAUGGUGAGUGUAACCCCGGGGGGUCUGAUCGCUCAUAUCAGUGCAGGGUAUGGGGGUCGAGCCUCGUAUAAACACAUCUUUGAGGAAAGCGGGGUGGUCGACCUGCUGCUUCCGGUAAUUGACAACGUCAUGGUUGACCGGGGCUUUUUAAUUGACCAAAUCUGCGAGGACAGACUGAUUAAAGUAAUUCGGCCACCGUUCAAAAAACAACGGAAGCAGAUGAGCCGCACAGAUGCUCUGGACACCCAGAGAAUUGCGUCUGCAAGGGGGUACGUCGAACGUGUCAUUCAACGCAUGAAGAUAUUUAAGAUCUUGAGCACAAAGGUCACAUGGAACAUGGUGCCCCUUCUAGACGACAUCAUGAUGAUUGCGGCAGGUCUGACAAACCUCUCGGCACCAAUCCUUGCACCAGAGAGAUUUCUUUAA